CCGCAAAGCGCCACCUGCCUCCGGCGCUGGCGCUAGGGAUUUCUGAGUUCUCCCUCCGCGGGUUGGGGCUCCGGGGGCGUACGUGCGCGGGGUUCAGGAAGGCAGAGGCCGAGUCCCCGGACCAGGUGGUCCUGCAGAAUUCGGAAUCCUCCGCCCGUCUGGGCGCCCUCUGUCCACCGUGGCGCCAAGCGGACUCGUUGACGUCCGCUGCGGCGGAGGGGUCGCGCGGGGCGCUACGUUGGAAUCAGUAGACGCGAAAAGUUCUUAUUCGCGGAGGCGGCCGGCUCGUUUUCUCGCGGCAGCCGACGAGUCAGGGGCCGUGGGCUCUCGGGUUGGGUCCUCGCAUGGUGCAGGGGAGCAGAAGGGCCUGCUAGUCUUGGGAGGGGAGCUGAGGUACCUGUCGCGGCCUGCAGUUUCCCCGCCAGCCGGGCGGAGGCCGCACACACCUUGCUGACGGGGUGGGAGGGGAGGGCCGGGUUUGUGGGUGCUGUAGGUCUGCGACCGGCGCAAGCCCUGUGGCAGCUUCUGCCUCAGGCACAGUCAGGACGGGUUUCGGUUUGGGCCUGUCAAAGCAUGAAGAAAGGCAGAUUUUGUUCAGAAGCCCUUCCUUCUCUAACAGGCUUAACCUGUGUGUGCUUCAGCAGCCAGAAAGCUGCAGCUGUGCCCAUUCGAAGUCAGAAAACUGCAAAUGCGCCUCCUAGAGGCUAGUCUUAUAAUUGGCUACACCGGCUGGAAGGGGCGAUGCUGUGCGAAGCUUGAAAUUCUUGGGGGCGGCGGGCAGAUCGGUCCGAAGAUCUAUGCUUAAAGGAAGCUGUCUCUGAAGACGUCAGUAGAAACCUGUACUGAAGGCUUCUCUUGUUAGGGAAAGCGUAUAUAUUUAAUGUUCAGAGUCUCUUCCACGUCCGUUUAUGGUUACAGAUAAUUGCUUAUUAAUUAAACAGAAGGGAGAAUAAAUGUGAAUUCUCAGUACUAAGUAAGCUAAUCUUUUAGUUUUUCUAGGGGCUCUUUUUUUGUGACCACAAUGAAAAAUUUAGACGAUGAUCUGAUAAAUGGCAAACUUCCCAAGCUCAGGAACUCAAAAGAAUGGUUGGAGCCACAGCCACUUUCUUUCAUGGAGGUGUUAGCCAAAGAAGAUAUUGAUGCAGCUAUUCAGUCAGUAUUAUACAGAGAAAAUUAUGUAAUUAAGGAACUAGAUAAGUAUUUAAAACAUCAUGAAUUCUUAAAUGCAAGAAGAAAAGAAAUAUUACACAAAAGAUGGAUUGACCAUGUGGCAGAUCCUCUCCAGAAGAAAAUUAUAGAAAAAGUUUGUUCACAUAAGAAGAUUAAAAAAAGGAGACAAGAGGAAUUGGAUGGUUUUUUAAAAUAUGUAAAUAAAAAGGGAAAUGCAUUUAUAGAGCAUUAUGACCCAAAAGAAUAUGAUCCUUUUUACAUGAACAAAGAGGACCCGAAUUUUCUGAAGGUUAUCAUCCCACCUUUUCGUGACCCUUUGAAAAAGGCACAAUAUGAUAAAGACGAUGGGAAAAGAACUCUUCUUCAGUGCGAGACUGGCAAAAUAUAUGCAAUGAAAGAAUUUAAAGAGAUUGAGAAGGCCAAACUACAUUCCAGACUUCCAGGAAUUUCUAAUUCAAGGCACUUUAUGACUCCAAAUGAAUGGCUUAAACUGCCUACAAACUACAUAGAAAGUGAAUUUUGUAAAAGGAGCAGGUUAAAAGUGAAAACGAAUUUUAACGAAAGUAGUUUUGAUUUGAAACCCUUGGCAAGAGCUCCUCAUCUGGAAUCCCAGGAAGAAGAAGCAGCAGUUAUUUACAAGUUUUAGCAACCAAGGAGUACACACCCUGAUCCUUGACUGGUAAAAGACACAAAAGAAGGCUGCUUCAAAGGAAGCCAUCUACCAGCAGAAAUCAUUGGGUAUGAGGACCAAAGAAGGCACUCAAGGAUUGUUCUGUGUCUAAGAAAAGCAUCUGCAAUAAACAUUUAAUUUUUGA